CCCCCCCCAGCUCCCGCACACUGCCUGCCACCUGCCACCUGCCACCUGCAUCUCUGCAUACUGCAUGCCUCUACUUAUUGCAACAAUAUGCCACAUGGGAAUGAAUUUGCUCGUAUAAUCUCAUAGACAGCUACUGGAAACAUAAAUAAUGCAGAAAUUAUUUCAUGUUGAUAGCAGAAGUAAUUGCUAGUUUAAAAUGCUCAUCAAGGGCUGCCAGUGCUGAUUCCAUGCCGUUUUUUUCUCUGUGAUUGUUCCCCCAAAGGUCAGUCUAAAGCAGUUGCUGUGGUCAACUGUAGUCAAAAAUACGGUGCAGACCUUGAGUUUAUUUGAGUCGUAAUAUCUUCUUGCUGUCCGCUGGCAGUAGAACAAUAAUACGUGUAACUUCUUGUGUAACUAAGUACUGUUGUUUUCUCCUAACUUCUUGUGUAACUAAGUAGCCUUCUACUACUAGUGUUUUGUUCUCCAGCAGAUCUAGAUAGACUAGCCAUAAGCUUUCUCUAACUUUGAAUGUUCCUUUGUUCACUUUGUGGUGAAAACAUGAGCAUGUCUAUUUAUUUUUUUGAAUUAAGGCUUUCUUUUUCUUUCUCUUACCUAAUCCUGACACAUAUUUUCUUGGAUUAGUGGAUUACCGGAUUAGCAUUCACUGAUGAUUCACUGUCAGAAUUGUUUCUUUUCGUUUUUUCUCUUUUUUAUGUGAAGGAGAAUUGAUUAAUCUUUUGUAAGACUUUUUCGCGUUGGAAAUUACAUUUUUCUGAGAUAACAAAAGUAGUAAAGUGUAUGAAUAUAAUAAUACAUAACAUGAAUAAACAGAACAUAUUUUCUUGUCCUUUUGGUUUGGUACCUGGUACUACUAUCUAGCUUGGAGGUGGAUUGCAAUUCAGGGACUUUGGUAAAUUAUAAAUGUAAUCAGAUAAGUCAGUCUUGAUUUUGAGUCAGUUUCUUGUUUACAGCUAGUUGUAUGUAGAAGUAUUUAAUUUUAUUUAGAGUUUGAAUUUCUGUGUAAGUUUCCCGCAGUGGUUGUGUUACCUCUGUGGGUACAGAGAAUUUCUCCAGUUGAUUAGUGGGGACUGUAGUGGCUUGUUCCCCUUUUGGCUCUAGCUGUACUGUGUUGGAUGAACAGAUAGGGACAUGUGUGCAACUGAUGGUGCAGCUCAGAGAAGGCAAUGUUGUCCUGGUGUUGUCCUAGUGUGUGUUGCUAGAACUGUUACUCACUGAGAUGUAAUGUAUUUGUUUCACGGCAUUAUCAACAUAAUUUGGUCAUUUCAUGGCCAUGCUUAGGCUGUAAAUAGAUUGUACAAAUGUUUAACUGUCAAAGUUUUUGUAUAAGAACGUAUCUCAAGCUCACUCAUUUCCUUUUGAUAUUGAGAACAAAUGAGAUUGUGUUCUUUGUUGGUAAACUUGGUCCACGACCGACCAAAGUGACGUCCCCAAGAACGUUAGUACAGUCACUGCUUGUUGUUUCCACAGAGCUCCUGGUGUCUAGGAGGCUAGGUGCUGAUCAGGGU